AAAAUGCUUGGAGUGAAGUAAAAAGAUGUCUAGAAGAGCGUCUAAAAGAGCUAAAGCAAGAGCAAGGAUCGGCCACGAAAAAAGAAAAGCUAAAUAAAUUCAUUAGUGUCCAGGAUUAUGCUACAAAUG